AUGCCUUCAUCGCAAGCACCUGAGCCCAAAGUAUCAGACAUUCAGGCGAGAACAGCUCUGCUUAUUUGGUCCCCUCCAUCCAGUGAUACCAGAGAAGACACUGACAAGAAUGACAUACCAGAUGUUUAUACUUACGAAGUGAUGAUUUCAAAUACUGGAAAGGAUGGAAAAUACAAAACUGUAUACAUUGGAGAAGAAAAUAAAGUUACUGUAAAUGAUCUCAGGCCAGCAACCGAUUACCAUGCAAAAGUCCAAGUAGAAUGCAACUGUGUAAAGGGGAACCCUUCAGAAGCAGAGAGUUUUACCACAACAAGUUGUGAACCUGAUACUCCAAAUCUGCCCCGGAUAACUAAUCGGACCAAAAAUUCUCUUACACUGCAAUGGAAGGCACCUUGUGAUAAUGGUUCUAAAAUCCACAGUUACCUUUUAGAAUGGGAUGAAGGAAAAGGAAAUGGAGAGUUUUGCCAGUGUUAUUAUGGCCAACAGAAGCAGUAUAGGAUUACUAAACUAUCACCAGCAAUGGGAUACACCUUUAGACUAGCAGCCAAAAAUGACAUGGGAAUGAGUGGUUUUAGUGAAGAAGUCCUGUAUCAUACCUCAGGCACUGCCCCAACCACACCAGCAAGUCCUUUGCUGAUUAAUGCUGGAGUUACUUGGUUAUCCCUACAGUGGACAAAACCCUCAGGAACACCAUCAGAUGAAGGAAUCUCAUAUAUAUUAGAGAUGGAGGAUGAGAACUCAGGAUAUGGUUUCAAGCCAAAAUAUGAUGGUGACGAUCUUACCUACACAGUGAAGAAUUUGAGGCGUAGUACAAAAUACAAAUUUAGG